AAUGAGUGCAAAUGAUCUAUCUAAGCCUGAAAGUCUAGAUAACUUAAGCUAACCAUCUUCAUAAGAGGGACAAUAGAAGAAAUAAUAUAAGGUUCAUCGUUUGGGGAACAGGAAAUAAUUAUCUAAUUAAAAUUAUUACAUAAAGGAACAGGUAUCAAGCAGAGAGGAGAGAAAAUUAAAAUCGUAUUUGUAGAGGAUUGAAGAAUAACAAAAAUUAGAAGAGGUAAGUCACCUUUAACUUUAGUUUUUAUUAAGGCAGCCUUAUUGAAACGAAAGCGUUCCAAGGUAUUUAAAAUUUAUUAUUUAAGCCAAACCAAGAGACUAAGAGUAGUGAAACUUAAGAAGCUCCAAAAUAAAUUGAUGAAGUCAUGUAUAUACCAUAUAUAUAAUAUGAAGUAUGCCAAUAUAAGCCACAGUGUUGUUGAAUCCUUUGUUAGUGCCGUAGUAGUCUCAAUUAGAUGUGACAGCAUAAACAAAGCUUCGUCUAAAUCCCAAGCUCAAGAUGAAAGUAUCUUAAUUUAAAAUAAUUUUCAAAGGAGAAACAUCACAUAUUCCUUUAUCUCUCUGAUUGGUACGAUAAGUGUGUUGACAAUAUGUAAAAACUGAAUUCUGGAGCCACUUAGUCAUAUUCACCAUAAAGAUUGGGCAAAUGUGAAGUGACUAAUAUAUAAUCCAUUAAUUAAGAUGUGUAUUAGGACACUCUCAUUUUAAUAAAAAAUUUUAAGAAUUAAUAUUAAUAAUAGAAUGGAAAUGAUUCAAAAGAGUUGUUAAACAAAUACUCUGAUAAAAAGUUUUUGGAGACUAUUUUGAGAGAUAAUAAAUAAUAAAUAAAUAAAAAAAUUAUAAUGGAGAAGGUACAAAUUUCAAAUGGGAAGUUUAAUUAGAAGAAGUAUUGA